AUGAGCCAAAAGUUUCACGCUUUUAUGUUCCCAAUGUUCGCUUUUGGUCAUAUGACUCCGUACUUGCAUCUAGCCAACAAGUUAGCCGAGAAAGGUCAUAGGGUUACUUUCUUGCUUCCCAAGAAAGUUCAGCAACAGUUGGAACAUCUCAAUCUGUUCCCAGACAGCAUCAUCUUUCACCCUAUCACUGUUCCUCAUGUUGAUGGUCUCCCUGCUGGCACUGACACCGUGUCCGAUAUCCCCAUCACGUUGUGGAAGUUCUUCACCGAAGCCUUUGAUCUGACACGCUCUCAGGUCGAAGCCGCGGUUCUUGCCUUGAAACCGGACCUGAUCUUCUUCGAUCUUGCUCAAUGGAUUCCGGAAGUGGCAAGAGAGCAUGGAGUCAAGAGUAUGAUGUACAAUAUAGUAUCAGCCAACACUAUAGCUCAUGACCUUGUCCCUGGUGGUGAAUUUGGAGUUCCUCCACCUGGUUAUCCUUCAACAAAGGUCAUAUACCGCGCACAUGAUGCUCACGCCUUGCUGUCCUUAUCCGUGUACUACAAGGAAAUUUAUUUUAGGGUCACCACAGGUUUUACAAACUGCGAUUUCGUUUCGAAUAGGACAUGCGAAGAAAUCGAAGGUAAGUUCUGCGAAUAUUUAGCGCGUCAAUACAAGAAGAAGAUUCUCUUGACGGGACCAAUGCUUCCUGAGCCAGACAAGAGUAAACCACUUGAAGAUCAAUGGAAUCAUUGGCUGAACGGGUUUGGACCAGGCUCUGUAGUGUACUGUGCCCUCGGCAGCCAAAUCACUCUUGAGAAAGACCAAUUCCAAGAACUGUGUUUAGGAAUGGAACUCACAGGUUUGCCAUUUUUUGUUGCGGUGAAGCCACCAAAAGGAGCAACGAUUCAAGAAGCGUUACCAGAAGGCUUCGAGGAGAGGGUGAAGGGACGUGGCGUGGUUUGGGGAGGAUGGGUGCAACAACCACUGAUAUUGGCUCAUUCAUCAGUGGGUUGCUUUGUGAGCCAUUGCGGUUUCGGGUCAAUGUGGGAGUCUCUAAUGAGUGAUUGCCAAAUAGUCUUGCUUCCAUAUUUGGUUGACCAGGUUCUCAACACGAGAUUGCUGACCGAGGAGCUUGAGGUUCCGUAG